GUAGCUUGUUUGUAGAGGUUAAAAUUCCGUAUUAAUAUAAAUGGAAUAUAACAGCGUGUGAUUAUAUGAUUUGGUUUAGUUAAUAAAAGAUAUACAUAAUGGAAACUUUACUAGAGCAACAAAGGAGUUAUCAUGAGGAAAGAGAACGUUCUAUGGAUGCUAUGGUCAAAGAAAUCUUGCACAAGAAAGUUGGGCACCGAGAAACAAUUAAUGGUGAUCAUCGCUUGAAGAACUUACACGAUAGAUACAUUGAGGCAACCAUAAGGCUCAAAGAGCUGUAUGAGGAUAAGGAUGGCCUGCGAAAAGAGGAGAUUGCAGCCCUGUCGGGACCCAAUGAAUUUCAAGAGUUUUAUGCCAGACUCAAACAAAUUAAAGAAUUCCAUAGGAAACAUCCCAAUGAGAUUUGUGUGCCCAUGUCUGUAGAAUUUGAAGAAAUUGCAAAGAUGAGAGAAAAUCCCGCAGAAGAUUACACAACUCCAGUAGAAUUUACUGAUGAAGAAGGAUAUGGAAAAUAUUUGGAUUUACAUGAGUGCUAUGAAAAAUAUAUUAACUUGAAGGGCAUUGAGAAAGUGGACUACAUAACAUACCUGAGCAUUUUCGACCACCUGUUCGACAUCCCGCGCGAGCGCAAGAACAGCGAGUACCGCAGCUACGUGCGCGCGCUGCUCACCUACCUCAAGGACUUCGUGAGCCGCGUGAAGCCGCUGCAGGACCAGGCGCAGGAGAUGGCGCGGGCGCACCAGGAGUUCUUGAAGCAGUGGGAGGCCGGGACGUUCCCCGGGUGGCCUAAAGAAACCGGCGGAGCGCUGACCAACGUGGGCGCUCACCUGGAUCUAUCGGCGUUCUCGUCGUGGGAGGAGCUGGCGUCGCUGGGGCUGGAUCGGCUCAAGUCGGCGCUCAUGGCGCUCGGACUCAAGUGCGGAGGCACGCUCGAGGAGAGGGCUCAGAGACUGUUCAGCACCAAAGGUCAGACCGCUUUGGAUAAGUCUCUGGUCGCGAAGAAGGGAGGCAACAAGGCGAAGGCUUCCACUCAGCAGAGACAUAAGGACAUCGCAGCUAUUGAAGCGCAGGUUUACAAGUUCGCUAGCAUCGUGUCGGGCACUUGCCUGGCCACGGUGGAGAACGUGACGCGGCGCGCGGCGCGCGCGGCGGGCGAGCGGCGCGACGACUCGGGCGACGACAGCGACGCCUCCGCCGCGCCCGACCCCGACUCCGACGACGACGAGGUGCCCUACAACCCGAAGAACCUGCCGCUCGGCUGGGACGGAAAGCCAAUCCCAUACUGGCUGUACAAGCUUCACGGGCUGAACAUCAGCUACACCUGCGAGAUAUGCGGCAACUUCACGUACAAGGGCCCGAAGGCGUUCCAGCGGCACUUCGCCGAGUGGCGCCACGCGCACGGCAUGCGCUGUCUCGGCAUCCCCAACACCGCGCACUUCGCCAACGUCACGCAGAUCGAGGAUGCCCUUGCAUUAUGGGAGAAAAUCAAGCACCAGAAAGAGAACGAAAGGUUUGUAGCGGAAAAUGACGAAGAAUUUGAAGAUUCCCUUGGAAAUGUUGUCAACCGUAAAACCUACGAAGACUUGAAGAGGCAAGGACUACUUUGAAAAUCAUGUGUAGCACAUUGACUAUACCUAUCUAUACGUUUAAGUAAA